GCGCCAGGUGUUAGAGCAGGGCUGGGCAUGGCGCGCCGUGUGCCAGUGCAGGUGGGCAUCGUUCUCACUCUCAGAUGAGCACCUCCGACUCCGUCUCUCUCCAGCGGGUGCAGGUGUGUGUGUGUGUGUGUGUGUGUGCCAUGGCAGGCCUGGGAUGCUGGAGCUGGCUGUGUCUGCAGCUCCUGGUGCUCAUGAGGUGUGAGAGAAUCGAGCUGGAGGAGCGCGGCGUCCGGAUCGUGGGCGGGCACCCGUCCUCGCCCAACUCGGUCAAGUACAUCGUGUCCCUGCAGAGCACCAAGCGGCAGCACUUCUGUGGGGGGUCACUGGUGCACACGCGCUGGGUGCUCACCGCCGCACACUGCAACAUCGGGGCGGAAAACAUGUUGGUUGUGGCGGGUGAGCACUUCCUGGAUUUGGCAGAUGGGACGGAACAGUACUUCAAACCACAGCGCCUCAUCCCACAUCCAUCCUAUGACCAGUUCACCAAAAACGCUGACAUCAUGCUCAUCAAGCUGGGCAAGCCCGUGGUGCUGACCGGUUUGGUGUCCCUGGUCCCGCUGCCGCGCCAGGACGAGGGGGUGCUGGAGGGGCGCAUGUGCCAGGUGUCGGGGUGGGGCUACACUACCCACAAGGGCGGGCACCUCUCCCCGACCCUGCACAGCGUCACCCUGCCCGUCAUCUCCGUCGCCCGCUGCAACAGCAGCCAGUCCUUCAGCGGCAACAUCACCAGCUCCAUGCUGUGCGCGGGGUACCACGCCGGGGGCAGAGACGCCUGUGAGGGCGAUUCUGGCGGCCCACUGGUGUGUGGCGGGCGGCUCCAUGGUGUGGUCUCCUGGGGCAACGGCUGCGGCGACGCCAAGUUUCCAGGAGUGUACACAUCCGUGGCGAAGUUCCGUCGGUGGAUCGACCGGACCGUCUACAGUUCCUUCUCACGUUGCUUUAAGUAUUGAUCGCACACAGCGUUCAUCUUAUCCUUUGUCCAGUCGGAAAGUAUCGCUAUUCAUUGUUUUAUGAGAAACAUUGUGACAAUUGUUACAUUGAUUUGUCUCUAUGGACUUUGUCUCUUUUUUUUUAAUCAUUUAGAACUAGAAGUGAUCAUACUGUAUCUGUGUGAUAGUUAAUGUUGCAUUUCUAAGGGCCUAUAAGCCUGACAAGAGAAUGCGGCCGGGGUCUGGCCUUUGGAGUUUUAUUAUGGGAUAUGCUCAUGUCUUAAGUAUUUCUAAGGGUGCUGGAGAAUCUCGAUGGAAUUAAUGGAGAAUGUGAGACAUUAAUAGCAGGAAUGUUUGAAGUCAACACAGAAACUAAUGCAGAGUGGGACAGAACUGGAAUGGAUACAUUAAUUAAUCAAUUCAACACACACACACAUGCACACACGCACACACACACACACACACACACACACGUGUUCAUGGUUGUGUACAUACUGUAUGUACAUUCACACACGUGUAGCCUACAUACAGUACUUGUGCACACACAUAGCCUACACUGCUUACAAAUGUGAUAUAUGCUGCUUAGUGUUAACUUAACUUUGCUCUGUAAGAUCUGACGGCUUUAAUGCCCACCUGAGAGCUUGUCAUGGAUCCUUAUGAGGUCCAGUGGGACUAGGCGUGUCCUUGCUCCUGGCCAUGGUGCAGACAAGCUCUGGUUUCAGAGACUUUCCUCAAUGCCACCUGUAAACUGAUAGCAGCGUCAUAGACCCGGCCUGAACUACAUUCACUGCAGAUUCACACCAACCUAUUCCUGCCUAUACCUUUCAUAACGUUUCAUAACAGCUUUUUAAUCCACGCACGUACGUCCCCCUAAAGACCGGAGCUGAGCUUUAAAACAUCAUAACAAUAGGAUCCCUCCCCAUCUGAAAAGCUAACGUUACCACCAGCGGACAUCUUAAAGGGAUUUGAUUGCAAUGUGUAGGGUGUUAGGCCUAUUGUGUUUACUAAAUGUCGUGACAAUGUCAAAGUAACACCUAAACAGAAGAUAUCAGUCAUCUCUUCCCAAAGGAAGAGGGGUACUAAUUCAUGUUUUUCAGUAUUGUUUUCAGAACUUCAGAAUUCACGUAAAGAGUUAUUGUGCUAUUGCAACUUUGUGGAUUUCAGAGUGCAUAGUGCGUUUGACAUUUAAUGGAAGGCGCACAUAAGAUUGAUUAUUUUGAUUAGUGAGCAUCUCAAAGGCAGAUACAGUUUGGUGAUGUUAUUGUGUAUUGUAUGAAUCUGUCACCCAUGCCAUGGCCAUGGCCAUGGCCACAGACUGCAGUUGUAUUCAAAAGUUUCUGAAUGAAAUGUCGAAACACUGCCCCCUGUCGUUGAUAGCAUGCAGUCGCAAGCAUAUUGAACACCAAAUGGGAAUUUCCCACAUUGUAAUUCUGGUCAUUUUCCUGAGUGUAUAGGCUUUGUGGGGAAAG